AUGCAUGAAAACUGGCACGGCCAUGGCUGGGAUGGCGCUGUGGCCGCUACUGCGGCAUGUGCAGUCCAGGCGCGUGAAGGGUUGGAAUUCACAAUUGCCGAUGACACCUUGGACCUGGACGUGUGCGCUGUGUCAAUCGCUAUCCAUAAUGCCAGUGAAUACGAUGCCCACGUGGCCAGCCGUAUUCUGGACAAUAUUGUAAUCUAUUCUGCUUAUGUGGGUCUCCAGCUAGGACUGAUUGCUUAUACUGUGCUAUCAAUGAUCUACCACUUAUGGGCUACUGAGGGUAUCCACUCCCGUGUCCUUCUUGGGGUUGUCGCAGAACAGGGAGCAACCUGCCGCUUGGACGGGGCGGUCUACAUGGUUAAGUCGCGAUUAAGUACCAUGAGAAAUCAGUGGACUAACACAUGCGUCACGCCGGACUAUGUUGGGCUUGACCUCAAUUGCUCACCUCUACAUACAACCCGGACUUUGAUCUAUGAGUCCCUGCUAAGCAAUAUAUUCUGGCACGAGCGUGCACUCAAACUGGUAGUAGCGAAAGCCACACACUCCCUGACAGCGCCGAGUCAUUUGAGACAACAGUGCUCCAGGUUUUGA